GAAAGAGCCAUGCUCUCCUACACCCUAUCUGCCCUCCCUCCCCCCUCGUCCCCCCUGAUCGUCUUCAUCUCGGGUGCCUCAGAGUCGUCCUCUUCCUACCCAGCCGUCAGUCGUUUACUUUCUCUCCCUCAUUUGCUCUACGACCGAGCCGGACUAGGAAAGUCUCCUGAAAGCAGCAAGGAUGAAACCACAAUUUCGCCCGCCGUGAAGGCAGCACAAGAUCUCCACACUCUACUCUGCAGUCUAGACCAAACUUCUUCCUCAAACUCUCCGCCCUUCUUCCCUCCCCAAGUCCUCCUCGUGGCGCACAGCUACGGCGCCUUCAUCGCACGAGAGUACCUCGAUCUACACCCCGAUUCCGUCGCGGGGAUGGUUCUCCUCGACCCGGCCACGGAAUUAUACACGCCAGACCCCGAAUCAGUGAAUAUCCUUAUGAACACUCUUCUCGGCGGGGAAGGGGGUCUGCGCUUCGCCACCGUGACGGGCCUACGGGAGAAAUGCAAGUUGUCAAGCGAGGAGUGGAGAGCGCGCGCAAUUGACUUAAACCGAGCGAAGACGGAAGUCUCUCCGUUUCAGUGGGGAUCACUCCUGGAAUCUAUCCGGGCAAAGCGGCAACUCGAAAGCACUCCACUGGGAGAUAAACCGCUGAGUCUGGUCGUUUGUGAUGCGGCGGGAGACUAUCGCAAAGUCUACGAGGCUGGCCUGCAGGCUGGAAACGGGACGCACUCUCAACGGGAGAAAGUGCGAGACAUGCUUGAUGAGUGGGGGAGGGUCGAUUGGAAAUUCAAAGAGAAGCAGUUGGCCCUGUCGAAUAGGUCCAGACUCGUCCGAUUACCGGAUUGCGGGCAUAAUAUCAAUCUCCUCAGGCCAGAGGUGGUCGUUCAGGAGAUCCUGUGGGUGUACAGGGAGAUAAUGGCAAGAAUACAUCACAUCUAGACCUGUUUCAUAGAGAGCCUCCAUUCCGAUACUGCCAGAGCCGGCUCAAAUCCUUCACCUUGUGUCUACCGACACUAUUUCUCCCAUCCAUGAUUGUGUGCAUCUCUGCGUCCAUAAACUCGUUAUCCUCCUUGACACGUCCAUCUUCCCCCAGAGUAAACAUGUUGUCCAGGUAAUGCUGAUUGAACUGGUGGCCUGACCCCUGCCGCACAAAGAUACUGCCCAUGUACCUAUUCGGGAUCGUGGCAAAGUUUAACACCCCCCAGACGCUCACAAAGUCUUCUGCGUUGGC